GCCAAGAUAAUAGAGUUGAUACAACUUCCAGAAUAUCCUAGAAGUGAUAUAGGUUUGAGAUUAAGCACCAGUUAUACUCAUGAAGUCCUCUAACGAAAAUAUUGAAUAUAUCUCAGCUUCCUUCUAUAUAUCAGAACUCCUCUCCCCCCUCCCCCACUAAAUCCCCACUAAAGUGUCAAGUGGGACAUCCUUCCUCUCUGUCUCCAGCACUUUAAACAAGCCGGACCAGGAUAGAUCUGACAAAGGUUUCAAAUAUUUGAACAAGCCAAGAAAGAUUUAGUCAAACAUUAACCAGGCACUCUGCAAAGUGACAUCACCAGCGAUGCAACAUAAAUCAAAAGUCCCUUAUUACUUUCAUUAGGAACCACGAUGAAUUCAUCUGCUAGUAGUCAGGCGAGGUCUGUGCUACAGCAGUUUGUUUGACAUUUUGACACACACUGAAACACACACACGCUGGAGUGGUGGCCAUCUCUCUGGUUGUUUAUGUCACCGUGGUUUACGAGGUGCUGCUUCUCUCCAAAUCUCUGUUAGAAGAAAUGUAGAAGAUCUCUUCUCUCUGUCAUUUUCUUUCUUUUUCUGUAUCUAGAAGUGUGUGUGUAAAUUUUGAUGAAACUCAUUCAGGCUGGCAGCUUUGUGAAAACAUCCACAGAAACAGUUUAUAUUUGUUAGUCUCUUUCUCUCUAUUAUUUCCCCCCCCUUUCGCUUCUCUAAUUGAGUCAGAUAUUUACACGGACACAAACAGAGAACUUUCAGUGACUCUUUCAGUGUGGGACCACCCCAGAGACAGCUUUAAAUAAACUUUAUUGAAAACCUACUUGAAUGAAACAGUCUUGUUACAGUGUCUCUUUCCUUUUGUCUCUCUAAGACGUGACAGCCUGUGUCAUAGCAUCAGCCAGCUCUUAAUUUUUCCAGACUAUUCUGCCACUCACUCAACUGCUGUUUUAGAUUAUUACCAAGUCCCUUCGGACUCUAUUUUUUCCUGACUCUCCUUUCAUUGCCAACCAUUACCUGCCUCAACAACCAAAUUCACCCAGCUAUUAACUGAUGUGCCUUACCAGAGAAACAUGCUUUGGUGUCCAAAAUUUGUUUUAAGUGCCUUUUUUUUUUUUUUUUUAAAUUUCCUUCUACUGUCCUCCAUCCCUCUGUUCCAAGUCCUUGCUUCUAAUAUUUGAAAAGAGACAAAGAAGGAGAGAGAGAUGAGGAUAAAGCAGAAAUACAGAGGGAGAGGGAGGGAGUGAUCAUGAAGAUUGAGAGAAAAUCAAGUGGGACAGAGGGGCGACACGAUGAAGAGAUGAGUAGGAGGUCCUGCUGCCUGAUUGUCAACUCCAGUCCCGCCCAGAGAGGUUCACAUCCCAACUCCUUUCUACUCCUGUCUGAUGACCAACGACUGAGAGCAUAAUAGAAGAGAAGAAAGAAGAAGAAGAAGAAGUAACUUUGAGGAUUUAAGUGAGGAGUUGGAGGUGGAUCUACUUGGCGAAAGCUUUUCGCACCUUGACUUUGUCCCUGCAAGUCAUUCAUCCUUGUCAACCAAUGGAGCGCCUUCUCACCACCAACACCUCCACCUCCACCACCGGGCCCCUCCUGCCCCUCUUGACCCCCGACCCGACUAACUGCAGCAACUGGGACCAGGGCUGGGGGGGGCCAUACCUGCACAGGUUGGCCCACCUGGAUGUGCAGCUGUACCAGGACUUUUACGCUGUGUGGGUCUCUCUCAUGGUGUGUAACUGUCUGAUGCUGGUGGUCGGUGUGGUCCUCAACAGUCUGGCUCUCUACGUCUUCUGCGGGGCCUCCAGCCACUCCUCAGCCUCGGUGGUUUACACCAUAAACCUGGCCGUAGCUGACCUGCUGGUGGCGCUGUCGCUGCCGGCUCGCAUCGCCCUGUACCACAGCGGAGGGAAGUGCGUGGCCUGCUCCUACGUCCACACCUUCAGCUACUUUGUCAACAUGUACUGCAGCAUACUGUUUCUGACCAGUAUCUGCAUAGAUCGGUACCUCGCCGUCGUCCACGCGUCCAGUACGCUCCAUCGAUGCAGGACCACGGGGACGGCCAAGGGCGUCAGCGCCACGGUUUGGUUCAUUGCAGUUGUGGUCACCUACUCGUUCCAGACCACAGCGCUGGGGUUCGGCUCCUCCUGUGUGCUCCUCCCUGCCCUCUUCUACCUCACCAUCCUGGAGUUCCUGCUCCCCCUGCUGGCCGUGGUGGGCUUCACCCUGCGCGUCGCCUGUUUUCUGUCCUCCAGCCAGGGCCUGAUGCCCCAGCAGAGCCGGGCGAGGAGGGCGCGCGCCAUCAGACUGCUGGCCACCGUCCUGGUGGUCUUCACCAUCUGCUUCACGCCGUUCCACGUCCGGCAGUUGCUGGUUUACCUCCGGGUCAGAGUUGGAGGGGAGGGGCUGGGGCAGGGGGCGGGGCAUGUGCUCGCCUAUCACAUCACAGUCACCCUGAGCAGCCUGAACAGCUGCCUGGAUCCGGUGGUGUACUGCUUCGUGACGGACAGCUUCAAGAGAGUGUGGAGGAUGAGGAGGAGGGGAGGGAGGGAGGAGGAAGGGGAGGCAGGGCACACGAGUGGGGGAGAAGGGGAGAGGAACUCCAUGAAUAAAUGUUCCGGCACGGCGAUGGCGAUAGCUCACAGCGUGGCCACACUCACCUUCACCCGCACUCCCCUCGCUGUGGCCAACAUGGAACAGUCCACUUAAAAAGACACCCUGGACACCUGUGGGUGGAAGAGUCCAGAGAGACACCUGAGGAAGACUCACAGAGAGUGAUGGAUCCACACAUGCAGGGAAAGAUUCAGAGGCUGGAGAAGGACCAACGUAAAUAGUCAAAUGAACAGGGACACAAAAUGAACACACACAGUGAACACAAAUCCAUCUACACAAUAACAAAAGUAAAACAAACCACUCUGAAGGACGGGCAACACUUCAGUGUCGACGUCCCUCCGUCCAUCGUCAUUCCUUCACAUCUCAAUUUCGUCCCCGUGACCUCGCUUGGACUUUUGUCCUGAGACUGGGGAAAACAAAUACUGGACCACAAAUGGAUGCUGAUCUUGAUACUGUGCUCUACACGUGGGAGAGAACACACGCUUCAUUAAAUCGUGAAGUCAAAAAACUUAAAUGUGAAAUACACUGACUACAGAUCUGAUAUUAUGGACGUGACGAUUAUUUUCUCUACCAUCAUGAAAAGGCCAUGUGUCUUGCUGGCCGCUUACCUGUAAAAUCUAAUGCAGUCUGAUACAGCAGUUCAGCCAUAAAUUGUCUUUGCAAAGAUAAUACGGGACUUCACUUUAGUCCCUGGACUGACAGUCUUGCAUAUUUGAUGCCACCUUCAUCCCCAGCAUCCUCACUCAGCAGAAUUUUGAUCCGCCUCACAUCCUCUGUUUUUUGCUGCCAUAAAUAUGAGCGAUAGCAUGCUUUCACUGUCGUCCCGUGUGGUUGUUCUGUUCUGGUGAGGACCGGAGGAACUGUCAAAUCGAAGUCAAACAAAGAAUAUGUGGCUGCUGUUGCACUGGACUGUACUAGAUUGUUGAGUGUACGCUACGUGGCUUGAGAUGAGUCAUGUGAUCAGCUUUCUCUUUUUGAUGCGCAUUUGUAUUUGAUUUGAUUAUUUGUUUGGGGUUUUUUUUUUUUUUUUUCAUUUUAUUAACAGAAGGAUGUACUCACUGUAAUUAAAGCUGCACUUGUAAUCAUUAAAGGCCUGCAGUUCCAG